GAGGAUGUAGGGAGAGCACGACACAGAGAGCAUGUCAGAUGGGAUCCCCAUGGAGUCCCGUGGGCACCUGAGUCAGGGUGUGCCCAAAUACCGGCCAGAGUACAGGAGCUGCUCUCAGUCGCUGCCACUGGAUAUUCUAUGGUUACCUCGUUCAGCGUUCCGACCAGCAGACGGCGAGCUGGCGGACUGCGUGUUGGUGGUCGGAGUGUCGCGGCCGAAGCUCGCCGCGGCCCUCCUGUCCGUCACGCUGCUGUCGCUCUUUCUGACCUUCCAUGUCCUGUAUGACAGCGCACUUUAUAGCAUACAGGCGGCGAGUAUAGCGUCAGCUGCCAGCGAGGGUCGUAAGAUAUUACAAAAUCAAGAGGGCAGUCGGACGAUAAGCCACCCUAUGGCCUUAAGAAAACGGAUCAAAACACCUCGGACGCCACGACCUGCCCGAAGACUACCCCAGGCACUUAUCAUCGGAGUGCGCAAAUGUGGAACCCGCGCUUUGCUCGAGAUGUUGUAUCUCCACCCAAUGGUUCAAAAGGCUUCUGGAGAAGUACAUUUCUUCGAUCGCGACGAAAACUACGCUCUGGGUCUCGAGUGGUACCGAAGCAAAAUGCCUCUCUCAUUUAAAGGGCAAAUUACAAUCGAGAAGAGUCCGAGUUACUUUGUAACACCAGAGGUACCAGAACGUGUCCGAGCUAUGAACUCGUCUGUCCGAUUGCUGCUGAUAGUGCGCGAGCCAGUGACUCGCGCGAUAUCCGACUACACGCAGCUACGCAGCCGCGCUACGCCGUCUGCGCCCGCGCUGUCGUCUCCCGGCCACCCGUUGUCAGACGCUACCAAACCGUUUGAACAUCUUGCUAUAUCACCGGAUGGUUCUAUCAAUGUUGCGUAUCGGCCAAUCGCGAUUUCACUCUAUCACGCAUAUUUGCAUCGUUGGCUGGAAGUGUUCCCAAGGGAGCAAAUCUUGGUGGUUAAUGGCGAUCAGUUGAUUGAAGAUCCUGUCCCGCAACUUCGUCGCAUCGAGAAGUUUCUCGGUCUCGAACAUAAAAUUGGCAGGAAGAACUUCUACUUCAACGAAACAAAGGGAUUUUAUUGCUUACGCAACGAUACGACGGAUAAGUGCCUGCGGGAAACUAAAGGUCGGAAGCACCCCAGAGUGGAUCCUGCAGUUGUAACGAAACUGCGCAAAUUCUUCGUACAACACAAUCAAAGGUUUUAUGAUCUCGUGGGCGAAGACCUCGGCUGGCCGGAGGAUUAAGCCGACGAGCCCAAUUAUUAUAAGAACGUCAAAAAGUCGUUGUGAUGAUACAUAUCAAUGUAAUUCUUACAUAUCAAAAUAAACAUAUCACUAGUCGAUAAGAAUUUUUAAAAAUGUUUAUGUAUACAUUUUAGCAUAUUGUAGUUUAAGCAAUUUUAAAAUAUUGUAAUAUUUUAUUUAUACACAAAAUUAAAAUAUUGAUUUUAUUUACAAAACCGUUACUAUUGUUGGCUGUUUAUAGUUUCAUUGUUUUGUUGAUUUCGAAAGUAUAUCGUAUUUUAUAAUUGUUCUGGAUUAGUAGUUUCGGUGUGGGAACAAAAAAUUAAGGAUCAAGUAAAAGAUGACCUUUUUUGAAUGCUUAAGUUCUUUUAGUGUUUUAUACCGACUUAUUAAUAGGAUUAUAAUACAGGCAAUUUAUAGUGUACUGAUUUGAUAAACCGUACCCAUUGAAACCCUGAGCAAUAUAUUUUUAUAUAUAAUUAAGUAUUGUGUGCGAUCCUUAUACAACGUUUAUUAGAUUUACAGAUAUGAAUUUACAUGUUUGUGAUGAUUUUCUUUUAGGAUUGAUUAAUUUAAUAGUACUUAAGUAAUUAUAGCUUAGACCUACCUAAUGAUGAUAAUUCGUAAAAUUGUGUGUACAUUUCGCUUUCUCUUUAGAUGUUGUAAUUUCUGGUCGUGCAAUGUGUCUUAAUGUGAUUUAUUUAUUAGUGUAUGUGGUUUCCUACAGUCUUAAAAGUUUGUCCAAAUUCUAUCAGGUCAUAGGAGUUUUUACGGUAGCUAUUUAUAAUGUUGUUGAGAUCUUUAAUUACGAGAAUCUAGGGUUAUUUCCAAAAUCUAUGUGUCUAUAUACUGUUUUUUCGAUGCUAACAUACUUCAUAGGAUUUAUUGACGUGUGAAUGUAUUAUGAAUCACGCUAUAGCAUACAAAACAGUACACGCUGAUUUUAUUAAAUAUAUUUUUAAAAAUAAAAUGGAUAAUUCGACGCGGGUUUUAGAGUAUUUCUAUUUAAGUGUAACGUCCAAGACUGAAGAGUUAGUUAAGUCUAAGUAAUGCCUAUUUAGCAUAAAAUGUCCAUAGGUAAUUUGCGAGAAGCAGGAAGAAGGAGGUAUAUCAGAGGGCAUCUCGACACCGGACUCUAGACACGUAAGACCAAAAAGCACUCGAAUUUCGAAAGCAGAUAUAUUUCAUUUUAGAAAAUACGCUUGCAAUCCAAACUUCACGAUCAACGAAUAUUUGUAUAAUUUUAAUCCUAUAGAUCAAAACAUAAUGUAAGCACGCACGAAAGAUACGAUACAUUGUGAUUCAAAUGUUUUUGAUAGUUAUAGUUAGUGAAUAAAAAUUAUCAAAGAUGACGACAGUCUAAGUGGAUAGGUACAUUUUGCUGAAACUAUGGCUGAAACUCUACUAACAUUAAUUACUGGUAAUAAAUCAAAACAUAACUGCCUUGAAAUUAACUUUUGAACUUAGCAGGGUAAGCAAGUUUCUGUAAAAACGCAAACUAUGUUGAAUCAAAAUCAUUCUUAUUAUAAUUUAUUAUCAUAAAAUUUUACAGCUGAAAUGUCCAAAAUAAAAUUCUUGAAAUAAAAAAAAAUUGAAUCCAAUUAAUUAAAACCUAUAAAACUACAUAAUAUAGAAAAUACUAAGAAAGAUACAGACAGCACUUAUGUAAAUAAUGUAAAGCACCAUUUAUAAAUUAUUACAAAACAAAUUUAAUUGGUAAUUCAGUACAUACUCAAAUACACAAUAUAAAAAUAAUAUUAACAAAAUUUACUCACCUAUGUCUUAUUAGGUAUAUCAAUAUACGAAGAAGACAAAAUGAACAAAAUAUAUUAUUUUAUAUUACAAAUAAAUAAAUAAAUAUUUGUUUAAAAGCUAUAUUUUCCCCAGAGUUUCAGCAAAAUGUAUGUAUACAAGAAUAUCAAGCAUAUCAAUACUUGAAUUUGGUUAAGUUUGUAGGAUAAAUUAAAAUUUCUUUAUCAUGUUAUAUUUAAGUAUAAAAAGUUAACUUGGGUUAAGCUCUAAUUCACUAGUUAUUUAUAGAUAUAAUUUUAAUCACUGUUAAAUGUUGUGCACGUUCAUAUAAUAUUAUGUAGUUAAAUUUUAUUAGGGCAAUAAUUUUGUACUUAGUUACAAUUCUUUUGUAUAUCAUCCUAUUAUAAUAAUUAGAGAUUAGUAAAUUUUAUUUAAUUCAUUGUUAUUUAUUUAAAUAUUUUAAUUCUAUUUAUAUAAAACUAAACCAUUUUUCCAAGUAUUUCUAACCUUGUAAAUAUCUUCUAAAUUUCUUUAAAUAAGUUAAUUG